CAAAAUGGCAACCUACUGUCUGACGGUCGCCCGGCUUCAGCUGGCCCUGGGCCACGGCGCGCGACGCCUUCAUGUGUCCGCAGCGUUCAGUGCCAAGGCCAAAGUGUCCAUGAGCCGCUUUGAGCCGGCGUCCUACAUCAACUAUGAGAAGAUGCAGUCUAACGUUGAUAUCGUACGCAAAAGGCUCAACCGGCCCCUCACCCUGUCAGAGAAGAUCGUGUACGGCCACCUCGAUGACCCCCACAACCAGGACAUCGACCGCGGCCGCACCUACCUGCGGCUGCGUCCCGACCGCGUGGCCAUGCAGGACGCCACCGCCCAGAUGGCCAUGCUGCAGUUCAUCAGCAGCGGCCUGCCCAAGGUGGCCGUGCCCUCCACCAUCCACUGUGACCACCUGAUCGAGGCCCAGACCGGGGGCCCCAAGGACCUCGCCAGGGCAAAGGAAGUGAACCAGGAGGUUUACAACUUCCUGGCCAGCGCUGGAGCGAAAUAUGGAGUGGGUUUCUGGAAACCAGGCUCUGGAAUCAUCCAUCAGAUCAUCCUGGAGAACUACGCCUAUCCCGGGGUGAUGCUAAUUGGCACAGACUCUCACACGCCCAACGGUGGUGGCCUGGGUGGCAUCUGCAUCGGUGUGGGAGGAGCUGACGCCGUCGAUGUUAUGGCAGGAAUCCCCUGGGAGCUGAAGUGUCCUAAGGUGAUUGGGGUGAAGCUGACGGGCCGUUUGUCUGGCUGGACGUCACCUAAAGACGUCAUCUUGAAGGUGGCUGGCAUCUUGACGGUGAAGGGAGGCACUGGAGCCAUCGUAGAGUACCAUGGACCCGGGGUCGACUCCAUCUCCUGCACCGGAAUGGCCACCAUUUGCAACAUGGGGGCAGAGAUUGGAGCCACGACAUCGGUGUUCCCAUACAACAGCCGCAUGAAGUCCUAUCUGGAGAAGACUGGGCGUGGAGAGAUCGCUGCAGUGGCUGAUGAGUUCGCUGAUCUGCUGGUGCCAGACCAGGGCUGCGAGUAUGACGAGGUCAUCGAGCUCAAUCUGGACGAGCUGAAGCCCCACAUCAACGGGCCCUUCACCCCUGACCUGGCCCACCCAGUGUCUGAAAUCGGUGCUGUGGCCAAGAAGAGCGGCUGGCCACUGGAGGUCAAAGUUGGUCUGAUUGGCAGCUGCACAAACUCCAGCUAUGAAGACAUGGGCAGGGCAGCUUCUCUGGCUAAGCAGGCUCUGGAUAAAGGCCUCAAGUGCAAAGCCCAGUUCACCGUCACUCCCGGCUCAGAGCAGAUCCGUGCCACCAUCGAGAGAGACGGAUAUUCAAAGAUCCUCAGUGAUGUUGGAGGUGUGGUGCUGGCCAACGCAUGUGGACCCUGCAUUGGACAGUGGGACAGGCGGGACGUGAAAAAGGGAGAGAAGAACACCAUCGUCACGUCUUUCAACAGGAACUUCACUGCCAGGAAUGAUGCCAACCCUGCAACACACGCCUUUGUUACAUCCCCUGAGAUCGUCACUGCCCUCGCCAUCGCCGGCACACUAAACUUCAACCCGGAGACAGACUACCUCACCGCCUCCAACGGCGAGAAGUUCAAGCUGCUGCCACCUGAUGGAGAUGAACUGCCAGCCAAAGACUUUGACCCGGGCCAGGACACCUACCAGCACCCACCCGCUGACGGCACCAGCCUCAAAGUGGACGUCAGUCCUCAGAGCAACAGGCUGCAGCUGCUGGAGCCCUUCGACAAGUGGAACGGACACGAUCUGGAAGACCUGCAGGUCCUCAUCAAGGUGAAAGGUAAAUGCACCACAGACCACAUCAGUGCCGCCGGGCCUUGGCUGAAGUUCCGCGGUCACCUUGACAACAUCUCCAACAACAUGCUGAUUGGUGCGGUCAACAUCGAGAACGACGCCGUCAACAAGAUCAAGAACCAGCUGACCGGGGAGUAUGCAGGCGUGCCUGACGUGGCCCGUCACUACAAGGCAAAUGGCUUGUCGUGGGUGGUAGUCGGAGAUGACAACUACGGCGAGGGUUCGAGCAGAGAGCACGCUGCGCUGGAGCCCAGGCAUCUAGGAGGAAGAGUCAUCAUCGUCAAGAGCUUCGCCAGAAUCCAUGAAACAAACCUGAAGAAGCAGGGUCUGCUGCCUCUGACCUUCACCAACCCGUCAGACUAUGACAAGAUCCGCCCCGACGACAAGAUCUCCAUCAGAGGACUGAAGAACUUCACUCCAGGAACGCCUCUGACUGCAGUAGUGAAGCACAGCGACGGCAGCAAGGACACCAUGGAGCUCAACCACACCUUCAACGAGACGCAGAUCCAGUGGUUCCAGGCCGGCUCUGCUCUCAACAGGAUGAAGGAGCUGCAGCAUUGAGGAAGAGGAGGAGCAACAUGAGGAGGACGAGGAUUAUCAGUGGGAACAAAGGCGGCGGGGAAGAAGGGGGAUGAAGAAUGUAUGAAGCUGUUGAUAAUUCUUCCAUUUUCAGCACUGGCAUAUGACUGGGACUGAAGCAGUGUGUCAGUAUACCUCGUAGAGUAAAACAUUGUCAUUAUGUCACUUUGGCCAAAAGUGUUAAUGCUGGUGGUGACGAUGGAGAUCCACUGGUCUGUGCCACAUAUUUCUGAACCCUUUCAGGUACUACAGUGUGUGUCUGUGUCUGUGUGUGUGAGUUGGGAAACUGAUCCUAAGGUGGCGUUCACACAGGAUAUUUUAGUUGCGUCACAUUCACGGAAAAGUAUGCAUUGAAUCCACCCAGUCUGUAUUAUUGUGAGCAACUUGAAAUCUUUUGAGAACAGUUUGUACAAAUUUUUAUUGGCAAGUGAAGUCCACUAGCGGAUGAAAUUUUACAGGGCUGUGCCAAAAGUUUGCAAAGUUCAGCUUAUUUGACAGACUGGGUUGUGACAUCGUCCAGUCCUUGAUGUCUCUUAAAAUGUCCAGGUGAAUGUGCAGUGACAAAUCACACAUUGGAAGAGGAGAUUUAUCACACUUUGCAUUAAAAUAACAACGCCACACCACUCAAGUACAUUGAGCUCGGUGGCCUGGGUCAAUUCAGUCCUCAGCUACUGCUUGUGGCAUUCUGAAAUUUAUGUUGUAUAGCUGUACAAGUUAUGCAAGCACAAAACCCCUGUGGUGGUACAGAAAUAUGUGACUAGAAUCAGCCGGGUCAGAAAUGAAUAAUGAUUGGGACAAAUGAGGUUGUAGGAUGUCCUCAUGACGUUCUGUCAGCUGCUGUGUUUCAACGUCAAACAGUCAGAACAGCGUCAGAGCUCAGACUCUGUUGUGAAAACAAAGGGAAGCUCUCUGCUGAUGCUGGACAUGGACACACACACACACACACACACACACACUAAUCUUUGACCUGAGCAGGGACGUAACCCACCGCCAGCCACUGCGCUGCUGGUGUCUUUUACGGCUGUUCAAACACACAGGCACAGCUCACCUCACACUGGAGCUCGGCCAGUGUGUACCCACGUAAUAAGUCACCUUGUUGCUUCAGUGUUGUGUUGCAGAAUGCAUGACAAAUAUUUGCUCGGGUGUUUCAUUGUCAUUCAGGCUGCCUUAGUGUGUUUUGAAGGAAAAAUGCACCUGAAAAGCUUUAAAACUCUUAUGAAAUAACUGCUGGUGAUGUACAUUGCAUUUAUUGGGGCCAUUUUGUGGUGUUAUAGUGCAUUUUUUAAUUCCUUUGAACAACUCGCCAAACACAGAUGAUGUAACACCAUUCUGUGAUAUCUCCACUGCAAUAGAAAAUAGGCGCAAACCUUUUCAGCUGUUGAAAACAACACUACAUACCAGGGUUUCUUUCUAAUCUCACUGUUGUGCACCAAUUUUUAAAGAUCAAAUGGGAGAAAAUCCAUUGUAGAAGAGAAGGAGAGACUAAUUUCUCCACUUAGAAAAGCCUCAAUAGACCAGAAGACACUGCUGCAAGGAUAGUUUAUUCACCUGUACGCCCCAAAAGGCAUUCUGGGAAAUGCAGGAGAUCAUUAUAACUGAAAUAGGCAAGCCAGGGUGAGGGAAAGAAAUCAACCAAACACCUUAAACCAUUUCAUCACAAAAUAACUCCUGGAAUGCAUCGAACGUCACAGAUCGAUGACAUCGGAGUGGAUUUUUCCUUUAAGGCAGCUUCUGUUUCCCAGCAGGCAGUGCGACGUCGUCCAUCGCAGCGUGUAUUGUCAGUGUUGCAGACAACAGACGGAACAGACAUGAUGCAGGGAAUUUUCCCCACAUGUGUUUCACCCUCUCCUUUCCUGACACGCUCCCAAACUGACUGCUCUCCCUGUAAAUCCUCACCUCUCUGCAAGGUCACGAGAUCCCUGUGAUUUUCACAUGCAUUAUUUAUUUAUUUUUCUCUCGCAAGAAAAGAUCCAGAUCCUGUGCGCGUUUUAAUUUAAAAAGCAUGACUGUUAUUUUUUCGUGUCAGUGUUCCUCAGACAUUGUGCUCCUAUUGUCUCCUGCUCUUCCCACCUGUUUUAUCAGUGCCCUUUUUCAUGGGUUAAUGUGUUUCUUUUCCUUUUUGUUCUCACUAGAGUGGAAGAACCCCUCGAAUACUUCAAUAUUUAAUUCUCAGAUACACAGUAAUUUUGCCAGAAACCCAUCACUCUUCACCAAACACUGACAUAAUUUAUCAUCUUCGUCAGCAGUGUUACUCAGUAAUGACUGAAUAAAAUAAAUGAACUUUGUUACUUAUCUUAAAAGUGCUAAAAGCAAUCCAUUAGAGUACUUUUAUCUUCUUACAUUUAAUGGUAUAGAAAUAUGGCCUGUGCUGCCAAGUGUGCCGUCGAUCCUUGAAGCCCAUCUCGCUCUUACAGCCAAAUGUUUGCAGUGUGAAGAUGCUGCUUCCUUUUUUUUUUUUUUUUUGCUUAAUUUGGCAAACGUGUAUGUUAAAAAAAUUAAGAACAAUAAAAGUGAUUUUAAAUGCUUAUAAUAGAUUACAAAAACUGAAAAAUCAACGCAUUAAGGUCACUAAAGCACGACAGGUUUCCACUUGGUCUCUGUAUGUGCCUUUAGUGGGCAUGACUGCGUCAGAUCCGGUGUGUUGGUAAAUGUUUUGUACCUGGAGAAAAAAUGUCUUCUAGUUCUGACCCCUUCUCCGCCCCAGGAAACACAACUGAUCACGACAAAUUAGAUGACUACCUGAGGCGGUGAUGUUUCAGACUCUCACCACUCUCUUCCUCUGAACCACUGUGACUGAAGUGUCCGCUUCCAUGUAAAUGUAAAUGUUUUCCAUUUCCCAUGUUUGACUUUCUGUGUUACAGAAGCCGCCGGUGGGUUGUAAAAUAAAAAUUCACAGAUCUCA